AUGGCGUCCGGCGCAGGCGGGUCAUACAACAACCCCCUCAAGAAGUUCAAGCUUGUCUUUUUGGGCGAGCAGAGCGUGGGGAAAACUUCACUCAUCACUCGAUUCAUGUACGAUUCGUUCGACAACAUGUACCAGGCGACUAUUGGAAUCGACUUCCUCUCCAAGACCAUGUACCUUGAGGACCGGACAGUGAGAUUACAGCUUUGGGAUACCGCCGGACAGGAACGUUUCCGCAGUCUGAUUCCCUCGUACAUUCGCGAUUCCAGCGUCGCGGUAGUCGUCUACGACAUUUCAAAUGCGAAAUCCUUCCAAAACACCAAGAAGUGGAUCGACGACGUGCGCGCCGAGAGAGGAAACGACGUCAUCAUUGUCCUCGUGGGCAACAAGACGGAUUUGAACGACAAGCGCGAAGUGACGACGCAGCAGGGCGAGGAGGAGGCGAAGAAGAACAACCUCAUGUUCGUCGAGACUAGCGCGAAGCUGGGACACAAUGUCAAGACGCUGUUCAAGAGAAUAGCGCAGGCUCUUCCGGGUAUGGAGGGAACGGAUGCUGCCGCGCAGGCUUCAAGCCAGAUGAUCGAUGUGAAGACGACCCCCGCCCAAUCGUCGCAAGAGGGAUGCGCGUGCUAG